AUGACAUCCUCGAUCGACGAUAAUAUAGACUUUGAUUUGUCUGAUUUACCAAACAAACUCUCUAAAUCACCAUAUCUCACAAAGACAAAUAGUAAUGGUACAUUGGAAUUGGAUAAGGAUGCAUACGAUGACCUAUUGAAAAAGACUAUAGACUCUCUUGAUAUCGUUUCUCGUGCAUUUGAUAAAUAUAGUCCUAAUGAAAUAGCAUUCAGUUUUAAUGGAGGAAAGGAUUGUUGUGUUCUCUUGCAUUUGAUACACUAUGCAUUAACUAAAAAAUGUCAGUCUCUUCGCGACCAACAACAACAGCAACAUAGAGUAGAAGGAGAGGAAACAAGGACACCAAUCAAUAAUAGUUGUAGUGUCAAUAGUCACCAAGACAGCGGUACUGGUGACGACAAAGACAUCAAUACAAGAGGAACACAAGGUUAUAUUUCACCUGAAAUGAAUUCUCUUAAUAAUCAUAAAAAUAAUAAUAAUACCAACCAUGAAAAAAUUAAUCAUAGUAUACCAGAAUUACGUACAUUGUAUUUUAUUAAUGAUAAAUGUUUCCCAAGUGUCAAUGAAUUUACAGAGAAAUGCGCAAAGUUAUAUAAAUUAAACGUUACAAAUAUAUCAAAGGGAAUAAAGGAGGGAUUAGAAGAAGUGGUAGAAAAAUAUAAUAUUAAAGCUGUGUUUGCUGGUGCAAGAAACACAGAUCCACACUGCGAACAUUUGGACGACUUUACACCAACCGAUCCGGGAUGGCCUCAGUUGAUGAGGAUCAAUCCCAUAUUACAAUGGAAUUAUAAGAAUGUAUGGCAGUUUAUACAUACCUUCCGAGUCCCUUACUGUAAUCUCUAUGACCAAGGAUACACUUCGAUUGGGCACAUUGACGAUACAAUCCCCAAUCCUUCACUUUUAGAUGCCUCUUCUGGCAUCUAUAAACCAGCUCACCAUCUUCUCGACGGAUCAUUAGAAAGAUGUGGUAGAAUAAAAAAGAAGUAA